AACCGCCCGGGCCCUCGCCCACCCCGGGCGCGCACGCGGGGCCAUGUCGGGCUCCGGGGCCAGCGCCCCACGGGGCCUGCGCCGGGGAGCUCGGGCAGGACUCGCUGCCCCUCGUGCCGGGGGCUUUUCGAGGCCCCCAGGCUCCUGCCUUGCCGGCACGCCGUCUGCACCACGUGCCCGGAGCAGCUGGAGCCCUUCUGGUCGUGGACAGCCGAGGGGGCGACUGACGCCAGCUCCGAGGGGCCCGUGUUCCGGGAGCUCGAGCCGCGCCGUCUGCGGCCGCAGAUGGGCAUCCUCGGCCCGGUGUGUGACGCCCCGGUGGACCUGCCCGUGCGCGGCGUGAAGGCUUUGACCCUCGACCACCUGGCCACGAGUGGGAUGCCGGAGCGUGUGCGUGGGGAAGGCCCGGGCCUGGCGUGUGCCCUGCGCGGCGACGGGGACGUCGAGAAGAGGUGUCAGACCUGCAAGGCCAAUCUCUGCCACUUCUGCUGCCGGGCUCAUAGGCGGCAGAAGAAGACAACUUGCCAUGCCUUGGCGGACCUGAAAGCCUUGACCGGCCACAGCCGGAUGGAGAAGCCCAUCCUGUGUCCUGCUCACCCUGCAGAGGAACUGAGGCUGUUCUGCGAGCUCUGCGACCAGCCCGUGUGCCGGGACUGUGUGGUGGGCGCUCACCGGGAGCACCCCUGGGACUUCGCCAGCAACGUCGUCCACCAGCAUGGGGACUCUGUGCGGGAGCUCCUCAGAGACACCCAGCCCCACGUGGAGGCCCUGGCGGAGGCCCUGGCUCAGGGCAGGAGGGUGCACGGGGCCCUCCAGGAGCGAGUGGAGGCGGUCGCCGCCGAUGUCCGGAUGUUCUCCAAGGGCUACAUCAAGGCCAUCAAGGAGCAUCGGGACAAGCUGCUGGAGCAGCUGGAAGACAUGCGGGCCCAGAAGGAAAAUGCCCUGCAGCUGCAGAAGGCCCAACUGAAACAGCUGCUGGCAGCCAUGCGGACCGGAGUGGAGUUCACUGAGCACUUGCUGACCAGCGGCUCCGACGUGGAGAUCCUCAUCACCAAGGGGGUGGUGGUAGAGCGGCUCAGGAGGCUGAACGGAGUCGAGUACAGCACCUGGCCCGCAGCGAACGACAGGAUCUGCUUCUCCCCCUGGGAGAAGGCUGGCCAGUGCCGUGGUUAUGAAGUGUAUGGGACCCUUAGUACCAAAGACACUGAUCCAGCCAAAUGUGUCCUUCAGGGAGAAGGUAUCCACAGUGCCCGGGAGAAGCAGACAACCUCUUUCACCCUGCUUUGUAGAGAUGCCGCAGGAGAGACCGUGGGCCGGGGAGGAGACAACGUUCAAGUCGCCGUUGUCCCCAGAGAUAAGAACAGCAGUCCAGUCGAAACGAUGGUCCAGGAUAACAAAGACGGGACGUACUAUGUUACCUACACCCCCAAGGAACUGGGGCUCUAUAUGGUGUGGGUCUGCGUCUAGGAGCAGCACGUGCGGGGCUCGCCGUUCACCGUGACCGUGAGAAAGCCCCACCCGCACGCAGGCGUGUUUCUUCACUGUUGCACCUUCUGCCCCAGUGAAGGCCAGAAAACUGUUAGCUGCAUGUAUGGGAGCAUCAUGCCAGGUGGGUACCUAGGUUGUGGCCAUGGACACAAAGGCCACCCAGGUCGUCCCCACUGGUCCUGCUGAGGGCAGUUUGAUGAGAAGGCUGAAUGCACGAGGAUCAGGAGGCUGAUGACACCGUAGUGUGUGCCUAGGAUGGGGGUGCUCUGACAGUUUCAUGGCUUGCAAGCGGUCCGUUAGCACUGCAGUCAGCACCACUGCAGAUUACCAG